AUGAUGAGAGAGUGGGCCAUGCUUUGGUCCAAGCUGCUCUGCAGCCUGGCUGGCUCCACACACCUCUUCCAAAACAUGGUGCUGUACAUGGCCAAGGUCCUCCUGGAUAACUACUGCUUCCCUGAGAAUCUGAUGGGCCUGCAGGAGGCCAUCGAGCAAGCCAUUGAAAGUCGUGAGAUCCUGGGCAUCUCAGACUCUCAGACGCUGGCCUAUGUCCUGAUGACAGGGCUGCAGAACUUCUUUAAUGACCCCCACCUGGUCAUCUCCUAUGAGCCCAGUGCCCUUGCAGCUCCAUGGCAAGUCCCAGCACUCACCAGCCUCACGCAAGAGGAGCCGCUUGCCCUGCUGCAGAAGGGCAUCCACCAUGAUGUCCUGGAGGGCAAUGUGGGCUACCUGCAAGUGGACAAUGUCCCAAGCCAGGAGGUGGUGAGCAAGCUGGGGGGCUUCCUGGUGGCCAGUAUCUGGAGGGAGCUCAUGAGCACCUCCGCCUUGGUGCUGGACCUCCAGCACUGCACUGGGGGCCAUGUUUCUGGCAUCCCCUAUAUCAUCUCCUACCUGCACCCAGGGAACACAGUCCUGCACAUGGACACUAUCUAUGACCUCCCUUCCAAUAUGACCACCAAGAUCUGGACCUUGUCUUAGGACCUGGAAGAGACGUACAGCGCUGACAAGGAUGUGGUGGUCCUCACCAGUGGUCACAUCAUAGGAGUAGCCGGGGCAUUAGUGCAUCCUCAGAUGCGCAGGGUCAUCAUGGUGGGUGAGUCGAUCACGGGGGGCACCCUGGACCUCCAGAAGCUAAGGAUAAGCCAAUCCAAUUUCUUCUUCACCCUGCCUGUGUCCAGGUCCCUGGGGCCCUUAGGUGGAGACAGCCAGAUGUGGGAAGGCAGUGGGGUGCUGCCUUGUGUAGGGAUACAAGCCAAGCAGGCCCUAGAGAUGGCCCUGGCCAUUCUCACACUGCGCAGGGUCCUGCCAGGAGUCAUGCAGCUCCUGCAGGAGGCCCUGCAGGACUACUACAUGCUGGUGGACCGCGUGCCCACCCAGCUGCACCACCUGGCCAGCAUGGAAUUCUCCACUGUCGUCUCUGAGGAGGAUCUGGUCACUAAGCUCAACGCUGGUCUGCAGGCUGUGUCCAAGGACCUUAGGCUCCUGGUGCAGGCCCUCAGGCCUAGAGAAGCCUCUUCUGGUCCUGAGGCUGGAGCCAAUGACAUGCCCCCCCAGGUGGCUUGAGUAGUGCCAGAGGAUGAGAUUGCCCUGUAGGUCCUGGUGAACUUCAUAUUCCAGGUAUCGGUGCUACCUGGAAAUGUGGGCUACUUGUGCUUUGAUAGACUUGCCCAUGCAUCUGUGCUGGGGGCACUGGGCCCAUACAUCCUGCCCCAAGUGUGGGAGCCUCUACAGGACACAGGGCACCUCAUCAUGGACCUGUGCCAGAACCCCGGGGGGGUGUCCUCCUCUGUGCCCCUGCUGCUGUCCUACUUUCAGGGCCCUGAAGCCAGCCCCAUGUGCCUCUUCACCACCUAUGACCUCUGCACCAGUGUCACGCAGGAGCACUUCAUCCGCACGGAGCUGCUGGGUCAGCUCUACGGCUUUCAGUAUAAGGUAUAGCUUCUCACCAGCCACUGCACUGCCAUGGCUGCCAAGGAGUUGGCCUUCCUCAUGCAGUCGCUGGGCUGGGCCACGCUGGUGAGUGAAAUCACUGUGGGCAGCCUUCUGCAGAGCCAAACUGUGCCUCUGCUGGAGACCCCAGCAGGUGGCCUGGAGCUCAUGGCGCCUAAGCUCACCUUCAUUGACACCCACGGUGAGUGCUGGCUGGGGGGCGGCAUGGUGCCCGAUGCCAUUGUGCUGGCCGAGGAGACCCUAGACAGAGCCCAGGAGGUGCUAGAGUUCCACUGCAGCCUGGGGGCCUUAGUAGAGGGCACCAGACGCCUGCUGGAGGCCCACUAUGCACGGCCAGGGGUCAUUGGGCAAAUAAGAGACUUGCUAGGAGCCAAGCUGGCCCAGGGGGCCUACUGCACCAUGGUGGACGUGGAGUUCCUGGCCUCCCAGCUCAUGGCUGACCUGCAGGAGAUGCCUGGGGACCACCAUUUGCUGGCGUUCCACAGCCCCUGGGAGCUGGCUGCAGAGGACGCGCUCCUGCUGCUCCCUGCCUUUUUCUCCCCAGAGGAGAUCUCCUACCUUACUGAGGCCCUGUUCAAGAUGGAGGUGCUGCCAGAUCGGCUGAGCUACUUGCAUUUUGAUGCCUUGGCCAAGCUGGUGGUGAAGGUCAUCAGACCGCAGCUGGUGCAGUUGGUGUGGCAGAGGCUCGUGGGAGAUCCCUCCCCUGACGUCUUUGAAGACCUGAAAUUUUCCUUCCACACUACCGUGCUUGAGGACAACAUUGGCUAUUUGAGGUUUGACAUGUUUGGAGACUGUGAGCUGCUCACCCAGGUCUCAGAGCUGCUGGUGGAGCAAGUCUGGAAGAAACUGCACACGGGUGCCAUGAUUAUUGACAUGAGGUUCAACAUCGGAGGCCCCGCCUCCUCCAUCUCUGCUCUGUGCUCCUACUUCUUCCACGAAGGUCCUCCCAUUCUGCUGGACAAAAUCUACAGCUGGCCCAAUGACUCUGUCAGUGAGCUCUGGACCUGCACCAGGUUCACAGACAACAUGGGGAAGACCCAGGUCCCCCAGGGGGGCGCCUUGCCUCCCCAUCUUGAAGGGCCGUUUCUUUUGCAGGCAAAUGCUACCAGCUCCAAGAAGAGCAUGGUCAUUCUGACCAGUGGUGGAAUGGCUGGCACAGCAGAGGAAUUCACCUACAUCAUGAAGAGGCUGGGCCGCGUGUUGGUCAUCGGAGAGGUGACAAAUGGGGGCUGCCAGCUUCCACAAACCUACCACGUAAAUGACACACACCUCUACAUCACCGUUCCCAUGGCCUGCUCAGUGGGGGCUGCAGACGGCAGCUUGCCCCACGUGGCUGUCCGGGAAGCAGCCCUCGCCAGAGCCAAGGAGGUGCUCCAGCACACCUUGAUGAGGGGAGGCGGAGACACGACCAGUAGGCUACCUGAAGGGCCUCCGUGA